AUGGCGGCGACCUUGUGUUCAAAAAUAAUACCGAAACAAGCAUGGCUUCCUUUGGCUCAGAGUGUUCGACAUGGCUCCAAAGCUGUGACUCGCCACAGAAAACCCAUGCACUUUCUUAAACAGAAACUGAUGGCAGUGACCGAGUACAUCCCUCCCAAACGUGCUGCUCCUCUGGGUGCAUUUCCCCCUCAGACCACAACAGUUAAAGAGGAAAGUGGUUUAGCUUUACUGAAGAAGAAACAGUUGAAGGAAGUUUUUGGGACCAAUAAGAUGAUUGCCGUGGCUCAGAACAGCGGCAGCAGCGUGGAGGACAUGCUGGUUCUCAAACACAGGCUUCAUAAACACGACAUCAGUGUCAAAUUCUUUCCAAAUGAGAUCGUACGAUCAUUUCUUAGUGACAGUAUGUAUUGUAAUUUAGCUCCUUUGUUCAUCGGCCCCACUGUGCUGCUUGUGAGUAAAGAGCCCAAACUAAAGGAACUUCUGAGGACCGUGAGAGCCAGUCAACAGAUCACACUCUUAGGAGGCUGUGUGGAGGACUCCAUACUGAGCACACAGGGCCUCUUGAGCUACUCCAAGCUCCCCUCACUGACUGUUGUUCAGGGGGAGCUGUAUGUCAAACAGCAGAGCGGAACCACGGAGACAGCUUCUACAUCUGCAGAAUCAUCCUAG